ACCUUUAGUCAUUAAACAUUAAGCCACGUGUAAUGGCUAACCUUAAAUAUGUUUAUUUAUUAGUGGCACAGGGUUUGAUGUCAUAGAUAUACUUUUUUGUGUGUAAAUAUUCCCAUUUGAUUCAUGUAUCUCUUCAUUUGUAUAUCAAAUCCUUUAUGUUAAAGAAAUAGUGGAAAUAGGAACUGCUCUUAAAUGCCACAAGAGGAACCUCAAACAUAUCCUUAAAUGACAUUAUCCAGCUUUCAAACUCAUUUCUUCUUCCUUCUUUUUACACCAGUACAAUGCGUUCCGUGAAAAGAGACGGAAAUUUGGUUAUUCAGAGGAGGAGCUGAAGGAAUCUUACGGCUUUUUGCUGUUUGAGGAUAUCAACCAGGGCAGUAGUGUCAACCAGUAGUGAGGUCACAGCGACAUGUUACUACAGAGAGCUCCACCACCACCAACCUACAGGUCAUAUUACUACGCAGAAAACAUCCAAGUAAACACUUAGAAACAACAACUGUUGUAAAAUAUAGCAUGCAUUUACUUACUAGUCACUUGAUUCAAAUUAAAAUAAUUACAAUAAGCUGUUUUAUUUAAAGUUAUUACCUUUGUUCGUGCAUGCAGCGGUCCAAAGUAUCUGCAAUGUAGAUCGAGCUAAAGAGAGGUCCAUGUUGAGAGUCUGGUUCGCUCCUGCCUUUGAAAGUGAAAGCAAGUUUAAAAAGCUACAUGAAUUAUAAAAAUGAAAGUGGAAGACUUUCUGCCGUGAAACAGAAACUAAAUGUUGGCCCACAGGAUAUGAAUUGUGUUGAAAGCAGAAAGACAAUGAAUACAGCAUUUGUUUUCUGUUUCCCAGUAGCUGUUUCCUUUAACUGUGAUAUGAAUUCCUAUGAUGCUUUGCUUUAUAACUUCACAUUUUAAAUGUUUCCUCUCAAAUAUUUUGUCUAUUAUCCCUCAAAACACUGUGAUAAGUGUGGAAGUUCUCAGGUGUAAAUCAAUGGCCAAAGUCCUUGUUUUUCUGUAAAUGUUGGUGUGAAACUGCGCACGAGACCAAGAGCUCCACUGUGUCACAUGUUGUUGAAUGUAGCAGCGUUGCACGGGGUUAAGUUAGGUUGUGCUUCACAUCCAAUGUCUGUUCUUGCCUGUACUCUGUUUAAGUUCCUGUGACAGACUUCCUCAAAUACCUUCACAUAACAGACGCAUUUCUUUUUGACGUUACGACUGCAUUGCCUAAUGGCCGAAAGAGACAUUUUGAAAGGUUACACAGUCAUUUUUUUUUUUUUCUAUUAUGUCGUAACUUUCUUCACUUUGUCAGCAGCACACUGCUAGCGGGGGACUAUAACAGACACACCAAACCUGUCUAACCAGGUUGUUCAGCCGCCGAUAUUCAGACUUGCAACCUGAGAGAAUUUACCUGAAUGCGACCUGUUGUCAAGUUUCUUAUCUUUGCUCACUGUGAAUGUAUUAUAAUAAAACCUUCACCAAAAUCCUAUCAUCUGGUGACCAUUAGAGGUACGGUCUGCUGCUGGGAGAUUACACUUUCUCCUUGUGGAAUCAAUAAAGUUUGAUUUGCCGUGUGGAAACUAAGAACUAAGUGCGUGUAAAGUUUUCACUCCUCGUCGACUUUCUUUUUUAUCUUAAAAUCUGUUAUUGGUGAGCGUAAAGAAAUGUAUGUAUUAUGUCUUAUUAAAAACUGUACAAAGAGCUUAAUGUGACAUUGUUUUGAGUUCACCUCUAGCUGCAGUGGGUUCAGAUCGCUGGUAAUGGUGUGGUCCUUGACAGCCGUGACACAUUUGUCUUUCCGGGUGUGGCCUUGCUGCUCUGAGUGUCAGUUGUUUGGAAAAAUCUCUUUCGUGACCAUUCCUGUAUUUAUUUUUAAGUGAAAGUCUUCUGUGUUUACUCAGGUGUUUACAUAUCAAUGUACUCUGACUGUCUGGAUCUUAAUCGCUGGUAUCAUGGGAAGUCUGGAUACAUUGCCAUCAUCAGGCUGUCAAAGGGUAGAGUUAAACAAGUUUUAGAGAACUACACCCAGAACUUCACUGCACCCACUGUGGGAUUUGACUGCCAUGUGUCCGAACAGCUGCCCUCGGUAUCUCCCAAAACCAGCUCUUUCCUUGCCUUUGAGAGAACUCAGUAUUACAUGUAUGAGCUGCUAGAUGAUGGAAGCAAUGUGACAAUUCAAUCGCCCAGCGCUGCCUGUCCUAUUGCCAUUGUGUCAUUUUCAUAUACGGAUACCAAAGCAACACUUGAAGCACCACAGGAGAAAAGUGAGGAGAAAAAACUCAUUCAUCAGUACUUUCCGUGGAGGGGCCAGCUUCAAAUAGGCCCACAGGUCUAUGAUGUUGGGCUGCGAUCUACAGCAGGGGCCUUGAUCCCUGUAGUGCUGCCACCAGUGGUUAAAAUAGACCGAGCCAUUUCCAUGUUCAAUCUGCGACAGCUGCUGCCAAGGGCUGCCUUUGAAACCUGCUUUUCUGGUGAAGUCUUUCUGGAUGGCUUGUACUGCAGUCUGUGUGAGUUGGUUUCUUCUGAGGUGGAAGAAACUCGCUCACUCUCUCUACUUCUGCAGGAGAUCAAGGAGAACGAUCUUGCUCUCACCAUUCAGCUGAAUGAUGGUGGUUUUCUUAUCCUGUUGCACUCCACCCAUUUCCUCACAUAUGAUGAUACUGGGUCCAGUGUGACUGAUGUCCUGCAAGGCAUGUUUGUGUUUCCAGACUCACAAGUCAUACAGAGAGACACUAAAUUUCGGGAGAAAAAGCUUGCCAUCUCAUCUGAAAUCCUGCAUGUUCUACCGGUGCUGAGUUAUGCAGAGGGUGAAGUUGAGAAAACACCUAUUGACCCAAGUGAAGAGCUCUGUGAAGUCUUGGCGCAGCAUAUGCAGACUUACGCAUCACUGAUAAAUCCUGGGUUGGCAUCAAGUCCCACGAGGGAAGUCAGCAUCUUUCCUGAUCAGUAUGAUGUACCAGAUGCCCACAAGCACCUCUACUCAUCUCCGGAGUGGACCGACAAGGCAUGGCAGAGCUUCAGGUCAUACCUGAGCAAACCAGAGUCUUUUCAACUGCCACUGUCCAAGGCUUCAGAAAUCCUGGCGGCUGGACAAGAGGAGAGAAUGGAAGACUUUGAUGAUGAUGUCUACAUCUGUCUAUCAUCUCCUGAAGGGCCACCAGUCAAACCUGUUGGCAUAGAGUCAGAAGACCAGUUGACAGGCCAGACAUCUCCUGUAAACAGUGAAACACCUGCGGACACUUGUAUAACAAAUGUGGGAUCAGAAGUUGAUUUAAAAACUGUGCCUCAAAGUGUUGUACCAGAUGAUGUGCAAGCUGGAGAGGCCACCAAAGACAUGAGCAAAUCUAAUCUGAGUGUGCUGAUCAAAGCUGAUGACACGGGGGCAAAAAAUCUCCUGACCCCUUCGAUAUCAGAUGACCUUCCUGCAGAGCUGAUUGUCAGCAUCACUUCGGCAGAGCAAACUGUCACUGGUGAGGGUUUAAGUAUGAUCAGUACUGUGUCUGCCACAAAGCAUAAUGACUUUCAGCUUUCUGGUUUUUCAACAGCCAAAGGAGUGAACUGUCUGCAUGAUGAGAGUGUUGCAACCACAAAGGUUUUGGACUGCCCUGAGGUCACAAAUCUCACAAAAACAAAACGGAGGAAACUACGCAGGGGACAUUACAAAAGUCGGAAAAAGGUAUCUAAAGCUUGCAUUAAAACUCGCAGUUUAAAAAUACCAGUGGAGGAUGACAACUUGAGUCGGAAGAAAUACCAGGCAAAGAAACCAUCAGGUCAUCCUUCAAAUAGUGAUCGGAGGAAAGUACAAAUGCGAAAGUGCAAAUUUAGACACCUAUCAUCAAAAACUGGAAAGGUGAGCUCCGCUUCUGUUGGAUUAGCAGUACCAGAGGAGAAAAAAACAGACCCUGAACAGCAGAGCUUGGAAAGCACCAUUUUUAUGGACUUUGAAGCGAGUCCUCUGAGAAAGAAAACGGAGCGCUGGGACUUAAAGCCGAUCAUCAGCGAAUGUGGAAGAAUCUUGGUUCCUCAUGGCUCUGUAGAUUUUGCUGAUCAGAUUAAGUCUUUAAAGGAGAAAUUUCAAUCUACAAAAGAUGAACAGUGUCCUGAAAAAAUGUUGGUGGAUACCUCUGUGAAUGCUCAUGACUCGGACAAAAUGGUGCAAGAGUCCAGUCCUACUUCGGAGACAGCAGUGGGCGAAACAGAGGCCACAACAUCCAAGGAUGGAAGGAACCAUCUUCAACAUGUCAGUGAUGUUAAUCCUGAACACAGUAUUUUAGGACCGUCAGAUGAUGGCUGUGGUUCAUUGACUUUGAAUUCAGAGAGUAGUGAGCUUUUUUCAAAGACUGAUGGAACAGCAACUCCUCCCUCAGAAGCAGUUAAAGGAAAACGCACUGAUACCCUCUCCCCAGGAAAGAUUGCCAAAAAGGGUGAAUUUCUGUUGAGUAAAUUAAAAUCAGUUCUUCUACGAGGAAAGAGAAAAAUUGAUCUCCUUGUGUCAAAGGAAACAACGGCAGAUACUGCCCAAUGCACGGAUCCCUCUUUGAAGAAGGGCAAAGUUGACUCUCACUCUGGGAACCUGAAGAGUAAUUAUGCAAUUACAAGUGUCCAGGACACCAACGUGUGUGUCAAGGAAGUUUCAAAGAUGCUGUCAGUUGACCCUAUUUUUGCAUAUGCAUUAGGUCUGACCCCUAGAGAGACGGCAGAUAAGAUACAGAAAACUGAUGGUCGGGAUACUCAACCAGAGCAAACCAUUUUAGACAAACAACCUCAAAUCCUACACAGGCCUUCACCAAUCUUUGCGCGAAGGGGAAGGAUUAAAACGCUCAAAAAGCAUCAAGGCAUCUCUACAGAAUAUGUUAAAAAGAAAUGGUGGUUGCAUUUUCAAACCCCAGCUUGUUAUGCCAGUGAAAAACUCAAAUUCAAAGAGUAUACUAGGGAUAAUUCUGUCAGGAAGACUGUUAAGGAAAAAAUUAACAGUGCUUGCUCAUCUACAGAUGCUUUGAGCUUACUUGCUGACUUGGCACUCAGUGCCAGUAAUGACCAGGUUCCACCACAACCUGACCCAGCACUUGAGAGAAAAACUGAGACAAGUUUGAAGAACUGUGACCUUUCGAAAGAUCUUACCAGUCCUGAGCAAGAGUCAGUUCUUCAUUCUCUGCUUAGACAGCCUGCUGCUAGAUCCAUGCAGCCUCUUGAGUCUACUUCACCAAACCCUCUUGUGGAAGGCAGUGAAUGGGUUGGUUUGGUAUCUAAAGAACAUGCUUACUCAUUGCCCCCGUCUUCCUCUCUACUGUUGGGUUUGCCAGGUACACCUUUCCCGGUAUCCCCUUUAAGUGGUUCUACCAGACUGCUGCGCCAUCACCAGACAAUGUAUGGCAAUGGAAUUAAAACACUACACCCCUCUGUUGGCCAGGAAGACAGUAGUGAACAAAACUACAGGACUCCAGAAUACCUGAAAAAACACAUGGUGCGAAGAAGAAAGUUCAGACAGUCCCGCACCUUUGUUAACAAAGAUGGAUCUAUCCAAGUCACAAAGCAAUGGAAAGAAGACUAUGACUUUAAUGUAGACAGCAAGUUUACAAAUGACUCAAAGGAUAGAACCAUCAUCCGAGCCUUACAUGGCCCAUGGGAUUUCUCCCUGCAAGACACCAAUGAAGAAGUGCGGCUCAUCGUCCACAUGUGGAUAGGUCUGUUCUACAGCCGGUCAACAGACAGGUUCUUUCAUGUUGACUCAUACCCAUGUUCAGAAGAGAGUGAUUCUUUGGAGGUGUCCAGUGGAAUGGUUUAUGCUCCAGCUCAGUCUGAGCUCAAGGCCAAUUCAUUUGCUCCUUUCCCGAGUAUUACAGACACUUUGAUUUCAAAAGCUUUGGACUUCAGCAAAAAAGAUGACUCUAUGUUGGACGAAGGAUCUGGGAUUUUGGACUUGUCACUGAGAAACUCCAAUGCCGAGAUUGUCAGUCCAGAUCCACAAGUCAACAAAAAGGAGACUUCUGUGUCCAUUGAUCGGAAAGAAGCAAGUGAAACAUUAAACGCACUUGAGUCAUCCGUGGGACCACAGGAGGCAAUUGCAAAACAGCGUUCCAAAAAGAUGGUACACUCCAGAGAGAUCAUUAAUGAGAUGAAUGAUGUCAGAAGUUCCGAUGAAAAUAAGAGGACUUGUACCCCGUUGCAAAAUGCUGGGAGUCUGGAGCACACCAAUGUACCAUGUUGUAAAGGUGAUGGAACAACCAUUUCUGUACGAGAAGAAAUGGAAAGAGUAUCCGUUCAGCCAGAAAAUAAUCAAACGGCUUCAGGAAUUAGCCCCGUGUUACAUGGAUGCAACAAUAAGAAGACGGAUAUAAAGGAUGGAAUAGAAAAUUCAGAAGCUACAGAGAUGAGUUCAGUCCAAAAACAUGGAAUGGAUUCAUCCAAAUCUGUGACAGACGAAGAGGUAGACUCCAACAGAGAAGCAGGUGAUGCGCUUCAUACAGUUGAGCAUGAUGAAACUGAAACCAAAGAUGGGGAAAACUGGAAAGUGAAAGAAAAGCCAUACCAAGAAGGCAAUGUAGAACCUUCUCCAAAAGGGAGUCAUACAAAUGAGGAUCCAACAAACGAAGAAUUGGGUAUAGUGUGCAAUGGAAAUGGUUUGGAAAAUGAGAAGCAGUUGCCUCCAGAGGAGCCGAAAGCAGUUUCACCUAGCAAGGCUGAAAAUGUGAAUGAAGAUGUGGAUUGUUGUUCAGUGCACGAAGGUAAAGAGAUGGAAGAUGAAGAUCACAUUGGAAAAGAAGACGGACUUGAUGAGAAAGACGGUUGGAUUUCACCUGUGGACACUGACAGUGAAUUAAGUGAUCACCCAGUACCUAUAUGUGAUAGCCCAAACUCUGUAAAGACAGAUUGCGUCACAGAGAGUAAUCCAGAACCACCAUUGGAUGAGCAACCAUCUCAAGCUGACAACAAAGAAGAUCCCUGCCAUGAUUUGCAGUUGAGAAAGCUGUGUGCAAAUGGCAGUGUGUUGACAGAUGAACCUGCCAUUUCAGAAAAGUGUACUCAUGCUCCAUCAGAAAUGGAUCCUUUUUCUGAUGAACCUGCUGUUGAGAAAAGUUCAGAAAAUUAUAUUUGUUUGACAGAUAUGGUACAUUAUCAGAAGCUAGCAUUAUCCAUGUCUGACGACAAGUGCAAAGAUGAGCCUAUUCCCCAGACAAAUGACAGUGUUGAAACAGGAAGCCAAAACAAAGUAAUGGUAAACUUCCAUCAGAGUAGUGAUGAUCAUGAAGAUUGGGAUACCAAAGCAAUUAAGGGAGAGCAAAAAGUUGAUAACACAACUGAAAAAGAACUAUUUCAUCAUCAGACUCAUUCCCCUCAGUGCGAAGCUGAAGUGGAACUCACUAAAGAAACAGAUCUCAAACGGAACGACAAAACAAUUGAGGCAUUGGAAAAGAUCCAUAGUGAGGUUGUAAUUCCAUUUAUUGGAAUAGACACCUCUGGGGAGGGUAAAGUACGACCACAUGAUUCACACUCACAAGGCAAGGUUGAAAAAGUUGUUCAAGGCCAGGAAGAAAUACCAUUCAUCAGUGAAACUACCUACCCUGAAACGGUCUUACCCACAGAAGUAUGCAGCGCAUCUCAAAUGGACACUCAGAAGGCAGAACUGUCUGCUGGCAAAAUAUCACUUAUUGAUGCAAGUGAUACAAACCAUCUGGGAGGUGAGUCUGACGACCGAUGCUCCACCCCUACUAUGGAUGAGAAACCAUAUGAGUACAUAACUUCCUCUGGCCCUAGAAGUACUAGUGUUUCUGCCUUUAGUGGUAGUGAAACCUCCAAAAACACGACUCAGAAACGUCUUGGCAGAGGCUCAACAUCAAUUGAAGAUGAGAUGCCUCACAGGUCUACAGUUAACUGUGAUGCCAACCCUCACCUUGAUCCUCAUCCUGAUGUUGAACUAAGAACUCUAAGAGUUCUACGAAGUAUAGACAAGUUCCUCUCCAAAUCGAGCCUCGGUGACAAAUUCAGCCAGAUUGAAAAAGCUGAUAUGAAACGCACUCUUGAUCAAACCACUAACCCCAGAAGCAAGAACAUCACCACUUGCUUUGCGUCAAGCCAUACCUCAAUUGACUCUAAGGACAAGAAAAUGAGCAACACAGCACCAGCUUUGGUGCCAGCCUCUACCACACAAGAACCGAACACAGAAUCAACAGGUCACUUUCUUAUAUCACCUUUCAAAAUUAAAUUAGAGGAAGUACUUGGUGUUAAGUUGCAGCUACAGAAAACUGACUCAUCAGUUCAACGCUAUUUUGAAAGAACAGAUAACAUACAGGAAACCUCCCCAGGGCAAGAUUAUUGUCAAACCUACAGAUCCGUUCCCACUAUUGACAGUUUGGAAGCUAUUAACCCAAAUGUUGACCAGGAUGUACAUACAACAACAUCGCAAACUAAUUUAAGUCAUGAACCACGUUCAUACAGUCAGCGUCCUAUCAUGGCAGUGAAACCAUCUAAGAGUGAUGAAAGUCAAGGGGAUUACAUCUCUAAAAACAGACAAAUUGAAAACGCUGUAAUGUCACAUUUCUCCAAAGAUAAACAGUUUAAAAACCUCAAAGUUACAUACACCAUACCUGCUACCAUGCUCUUGGUGAAAAACACAGAAAGUCUCAAGAGAAGUUCUGAAGUAGUAAAUGUUGACAAGCAAGUGGCCAGUGAGGUUUCUUCAAAGAGCAGUUGGUUAUCAAAUGUUAGUGACAGUAAGUCACAAGACAUUUCAAAACUCAACAAGAUGCCCUCAUCCCUCCCUGUGCAGUCUUUCGAAUCUGCAAAAAGUUCCCCUAAGCUCGAUGGUGGAAACCAAGUUUCAGUUAAAAUUGAGCAAACAACUAAAAAGAGCAUUCAGAUGACUCAGAAAGACUGCUCUGUUGCAUCAACUUCACAUGCAGAUUUCAACGAUCUUUCCCUGGGACCUCAAAGCUCACUCACUUGUACGGUCCAUAACAACCCCCGGAAGAGAUCUUCUUCUUUUCUGGAGCAGGUUUCUCAGAGGUGCAUACAAGAUGACCUUACCGAGGCGUCAAUGGAGCAGGAGUGCCUUAUCUUCUCAGAAAAAAUGAAACAUCUUAUGAAAAGGACUAAGAGGGGACCCAUCAGCCAGCAGGACACACAUGACAAACUGAAUUUGCCUUGCACCAGUCCUUUGACUGUGCACUUUUGCAGUUUGGAGGAGCAGGACGAUUCAGUGGAUCACUUGACCACACAUUUGGACACACCGUUACUUGUUGGACAGAAAAUCAAGGUAGACAUGUCUGAGAGGAAAGACCUGGCAGAUUCCACAGAGGAGGAAAAGACUUUGCGUCUUCAAAACAUUUCUCAAAGAGCAGGGAACCUAAUGGAACAUGCUGGAGUUUCUGGUGUGACUUCAGAGUGUGCCAGGCUGUACAAGGCAAGGAUGAAAGAUGUUUGUGCUGUCAAAAAGGUCCCAUCUAGACCUAAGCACUUCAGAAUGGAUAUAGGUUACCCAAAGACUGAACCAGGGAACCAUUUUGACUUUUGUGAUCAAAUGAAGAGAGAGCUGGAUAAAAGUUUUCGCAGUAAUCUGAAUUCAGUUGUGAAGAAAUCCUGUAAAACAAAGUACAGAUUCUACAUAUUGGUGAUGUCAGAAGAUGCCUUCUUUGAGGAAACCAAGGCACAGUUGGAGGCAGAGGGCCACACUGCUGUACAGCCAUCCCAGUUCUUCCUUGAUGAGGAUAGUUCUUCAUCUCUGCUCAUCAUCCUCAGGAAUGAAGACAUUUCAGAGCACAUUUGUGAGGUCCCACAUUUGGUCAAGUUGAAGAUGUCACCAGGUGUGCAGUUUGCUGGAAUUGACGAACCAGAUGAUGUUGUGAACCUCACCCAUCAGGAGCUCUUCACGAGGGGCGGCUUCAUAAUGUUCGACAGCGCAGCGCUGGAGCCCCUCAGCCUUUGCAACAUGAAAACAAUGUCAGAAAUCUUGCAAGAGCGUAGCAGAACGGGGAGGUGGAAAUGGAUGAUGCACUACAGAGACAGCCGCCGGCUGAAAGAAAACGCGAGGUUAAGUAAAGAGGCAAAAGACAAGAAGCUCUUCCUAAACUUUUGCCAAGAAGCUGGAAUACUGGAGGUCUUGCCUUAUCACGAGUGUGACCUCAUGUCAAGGGACCUGCCCAACUAUCUCACAUGUUUGGUCCGUUUGCAGGUCCAGAAUAUAUCGGCCCGUUACCCUAUUUUUAUUACCGAUACAACAACAGACAGCGCAUUUGGAAAGAACGGAAUUUUGACGAUGACCCUCCAAUCUUUCCUCACGAGUUCUCCAAGCGAAACAUUUACAGCCUGACCUGGAGAAAGUCAGAUAACACACAAACUGUGCAAGAACAAUAAAAAACCUGCUGGAUGUGAGGAGAAACCUGCAACCUAUCAUUUCAUGGUGAUUUCAAACAUACUACAUUGUAUGGAGCAAUAAUUAUUGAUUUAAGAUUUGACAUGUUCUUUUGUUUCAUUUGUCCACUAAGUUAUCAGUCAGUUAAUGGUUAGAGUGACAAAAAUGCCAAUAUACAGGCAGUUGUACUGUGUAUAUACUGUAUUCACUUUGUAAUAUAUUUUUAUUGUAAAUCGUUUUUUUAAAAGUUUAUAUUUUGUGUUCUUUACAAUCUUGGCGUCUUACAUUUGCAGCACAAUCAUUAGUGUUUGUUUUAAGUACAGUUUGACAAUAAAGCUAAAUUAGGCUGUUUUCAGAUGGUAUAUAAUGUAUAUAUUUAAGUAUAAUACUGCACACUGUACAGGUUGCUGACAGUUAUCCUCAACUACAGUGUUAAUAAGGAGCACAACAGUUUAACAUUAUUACUAAGAUAUUUGCUAUGUUUAUAUUUGAUGACUCCCUACAGAGAAAUUUGACUGAGAAUAAAGAUGUUUCUUUAAUUGUUUUGCUUUAAAAAUAAUCACCCACACACAACAAAUCACCUGACUACACACAGACCAUCCUAACUGGAAAAAAAGGCAGGUGACAAUGUUAAGAAUGGAAGGAUGAAGUGGCCUGCGGUUCAAAACGGCAAAUUUACUGUCUUUAGGAUUUGUGUGUAGGUAAAUGAAUACACUCAUAAACACGCAACGGAGAAUCAUAAGUAAGAACUUUAACCAGAAGAGGGCCUCACUUAGAAUACAAAUCUCUUCGACAGGAGUGUUCUGGUCAAGACAGCAGCAGCACGUCAUACAGAAGGUUGCAAAACCUUAAAGGUCAUAAUGCUAUAACUGAUUCCAUUAAAUUGGAUCAGCAGAUAGCAUGAGAAGGAUAAAGUACAACUGAUAAAAUUAGAAAGGUGCAGUCAGUUGAGUGCAGACCUCCGUAGGGUGUGUCUGCAACCACCAUUGCUGUAAUGUUUGAUAGAAUCACCCUCAACUGUCUUAAGAGUAGACUGCAAGUGUAUCACACGUGUUUUUCACUCGCAUACGAUGUCAUUGUAAUCUAUGCAGUGGUUCUGCACCGGCUCUAUGUAGGCGUAUACCGUCCUCCAUCCAUCCAUUUUCCUCCGCUUAUCCGGGGUCGGGCCGCGGUGGCAACAGG